ACAUAUGCAUAUCAGCCGGCCGGCAGUCGGCUAUAUUUUAUUAAUGAUGAAUCGAUCGGUGUGACGAAUUCGGCACCAUUAUUGGGUUCCUCAUUCUUCAUUCGUGUUUCAAAUUUGAAAAGGGUAGUUUGAUUUUAGCUGUUCGCAUCUUUGGAAGUAUGCCGCCGUGAUUUACUUAUUUCCGGCAGAUUAUCAGAUGCUGCUGCUUCAAGCCGGAGCAAAGAUAAAGAGGGGAUCAUCAAUCUCUAACUGGGUAUCUUCUUUUACUUACUUAUUAUCUCCUCAGCACCAAUUUGAGUUCAAGUUUCAUUCAUUCCCAUCACCCGUUGUUGAGAAUACAUACUCAGCUGAUCUCUGUUCUAACGAUGCAAUUAAUUAUGCGGCUAUCCUUCGGUCCUGCAUUGCCCGAAGGGCAAUCGACCCAGGAAAGCAAGUUCAUGCGCAUAUGUUGAUUACUGGACGAGGCUAUAACAUAGAUUUAGCGACCAAGCUGGUGAAUUUAUACUGUGUCUGUGGCUACUUGUCAGAUGCACACCACCUGUUUGAUAAAAAUCCUAAAAAAAAUAUUUUUCUCUGGAAUGUGUUGAUACGUGGGUAUGCUUGGAACGGUCCUUACAAUGUUGCGAUCUCUCUUUACUAUCAAAUGAUCGAUUAUGGUCUCAAACCUGAUAAUUUCACAUUCCCGUUCGUUCUUAAGGCCUGCUCAGGUUUGUCUAAUGUUGAAGUGGGAAGGGAUGUUCAUGAGAAUGUGGUGAGAACUGGAUGCCAAAACGAUAUAUAUGUUGGAGCAGCUUUAAUCGAUAUGUAUGCUAAAUGUAGCUGCACUAGUGAUGCUCGUCGAGUUUUCGAUAAUAUUCGAGUUAGAGACGUUGUACUGUGGAAUUCUAUGUUAGCUGCUUACUCCCAAAAUAGUUGCCCCGAAGAAUGCUUGUCUCUUUGUGGGGAGAUGGCUACGUUUGGUUUGAGACCGACUGUCGCAACUCUCAUAACCGCAAUCUCGGCUUCUGCUGAUUCUGCCGCACUUACACAAGGCAGGGAGCUUCAUGGGUUUAGUUGGAGACAAGGAUUCCAUUUCCAAGACAAAGUGAAGACUGCUCUUGUAGAUAUGUAUGCAAAGAGUGGUUCUGUCAAAAUCGCUCGAGUUUUAUUCGAUCGGCUAAUGGAGAAAAGGACGGUUUCAUGGAAUGCGAUGAUUACUGGCUACGCUAUGCACGGCCAUUCAAACGAGGCGCUUGACUUGUAUAGACAGAUGACUCAUCCGGAUCAUGUGACUUUCGUAGGAGUUCUCCAGGCUUGUAACAGGGGAGGUUUCCUGGAAUUAGGUCGGAGUCUUUUCGAUUCGAUGGUACGAGAUUAUCGUAUUGAGCCGACUGUUCAGCAUUACACGUGCAUGGUUGAUCUUUUCGGCCAUUGCGGUGAAUUCGACGAAGCUUAUGGUCUUAUAAAGAAGAUGACAGUUGAACCGGAUGCUGGCGUGUGGGGGGCUUUGUUGAAUUCUUGUAAGAUUCACGGCAAUGUUGAAUUGGGGGAGGUUGCGUUAGAGAGGCUCGUUGAGCUAGAACCGGAUGAUGCGGGUAAUUACGUAAUUUUGUCGAACCUUUACGCUCAGAAGGGGAGAUGGGAAGGAGUUGCGAAAUUGAGGAAGAUGAUGACGGAUCGAGGUUUGAAGAAGAGCGUGGCUCGGAGUUGGAUUGAAGUGAGGAAUUCGGUUCACUCGUUUCUCUCGGGAGAUGUUUCUCAUCCUUUGUCGGAUGAGAUUUACGCGGAGUUGGAUAGAUUGGAAGGGUUAAUGGCGGCCGCAGGUUAUGUUCCCAAUACGUCGCAAGUUUUUCACGACGUCGAGGAUGAUGAGAAGACUCGGUUGGUGUGCGGUCAUAGCGAAAGGUUGGCGAUUGCGUAUGGGCUUAUAAGUACGCCUCCGGGUAGUAGGCUUUUGAUAAGUAAGAAUCUUCGGGUUUGUGAAGACUGUCAUGUAGCUAUUAAGUUUAUUUCGAAAAUCAAAGGAAGGGAGAUAACGGUUAGGGAUGUUAAUCGAUAUCAUCAUUUUAAAGAUGGGUUAUGUUCUUGUGGUGAUUAUUGGUGAUUUUGAAGUGGAUAUUCUCACACAUAUUCAAUCUUUUGUGUGAA